UAUGCUACCCACUACAAGCUAGUGGUGAUCAGGAAGAAUGUCACCGAUGACCUGGGAGUCUUCAAUGAAACCAUCACAGAGGAGAAGGUUCCCCUGGGAGAUGAGGUGGAAGGGAUGAACAUCCUGGGUUUGGUGGUUUUUGCCAUCGUCUUUGGGAUCGCUCUGCGGAAGCUUGGGCCCGAGGGGGAGAACCUGAUAAAGUUCUUCAACUCCUUCAAUGAAGCCACCAUGGUGCUGGUCGCCUGGAUCAUGUGGUACGCUCCCCUUGGUAUCAUGUUCCUGGUGGCUGGCAAGAUUGUGGAGAUGGAGGACGUGGUGGUCCUCUUCACCAGCCUGGGCAAGUACAUCUGCUGUUGUGUCUUAGGGCACUUCAUCCACGGCUUCAUCCUCCUCCCAGUUAUCUACUUCAUCUUCACACGCAAGAACCCCUACAGGUUCCUCUGGGGCAUCUUCACAGCGCUGGCCACUGCCUUCGGCACCUCCUCCAGCUCUGCCACGCUGCCGCUGAUGAUGAAGUGCGUUGAGGAGAACAAUGGCGUCUCCAAGCACAUCAGCCGCUUCAUCCUUCCCAUCGGGGCCACGGUCAACAUGGACGGGGCCGCCCUCUUCCAGUGCGUGGCGGCCGUCUUCAUCGCCCAGCUGAACAGCAUCCCGCUCAACUUCAUCCAGGUCAUCACCAUCCUGGUCACAGCUACAGCCUCCAGCGUGGGGGCAGCGGGGAUCCCUGCCGGUGGCGUCCUCACCCUCGCUAUCAUCCUGGAAGCCGUUGGGCUGCCGACCAACGACAUCUCCCUCAUCCUGGCUGUGGACUGGCUUGUGGACCGCACCUGCACCGUCCUCAACGUGGAAGGAGACGCCUUUGGAGCCGGCCUCCUGCAGGUGUACACAGAGAGGACAAUGGGGAAGGCUGAAGCCGAGGAGCUGGUGGAGAUCAAGACUGAGGACUUGGGCCCCAGCAAGGUUCCGGGCGAGGAGGAAGGCUCCCCACUGAUCAAGAGAGACGGGCCCGUCCCGCUGGCUGCCGUUGGCUCCUGCGAGAAGGAGUCUGUGAUGUAAUCAGUGCCUGGA